UUUAAAACCCGCUUACUUCUUUUUGCCUCCUCCAUGCUCCCUCUUGCGUCCUCUCUCUCUCUCUCUCUCUCUCUCUCUCGUACCAUCCUUCUCUAUCCCAUUCUUAUCUUGGAAUUAAGCAUAGAUUAUAUUAUCUUCUCCACUUUUCCAACUCGGCUCGUCUCUUCUAGGUUGGAUUAGAUCGGUUCUGUCCCCUUUCUUGGGAGCGGAUCCUUUCUCUUAUUGCGCAGAUUCUUAUUCUGAUAAACUAAUCGCUACGAUUAGCUUAUUUUUUUUCAUAUCUCUAUUUUUUAUACCCUCCGAGCCGAUUGUUUGGCGACCGCUUGCCAGGAAGUUUUAGUUCUAUGGACAUUGUUCGUCGGCCGACCCUCGUGGAUUAUGCUAUGCUCAAGCUUGCAUUGAUACCAAAGAGACGUAUACAAGAUAGAAGAUGGGCACUCUCUAUGGACCAAUCAUCUGCCGUUACACUGUAUGCUCAAAGAAAACUGAGGCUUCAAAGUUGUUUGCUAACCAUCCGCAAAUGAGAGAAAGUUUGCUCGGAAGUGGAAUUUUUGGUCAGAGAUCAAAAUCAAGAGGCAUUAACAGAUUCACUUCUAUUUUCCCACAACCAGUUCAGCGAAGAGUUGGACCAAUUCAUUGCACUUUCAGCUCAUCUUCUAAUGGCAAUGGCAGUAUGGCAGGCAACUCCAGUGAAAAUGAUGAAGACUUUGUGAACUCGAGUGUGAUUGAAGCAGUCGAAGUUAAAAGUAGUUCAGAUGGCUUCUUGAUUAAAAUGCGUGAUGGUCGGAAUUUGAGAUGUGUUCACAACAAUCCCCAAGGAGGAAAUCUGCCAGAUUAUGCUCCCCAUCCUGCUAUUGUGCUGAAAAUCGAAGAUGGAAGUGAUCUUUUAUUUCCAAUUAUAGUCUUGGAGAUGCCAAGCAUUCUGCUAAUGGCUGCCAUCCGAAACGUUCAAAUUGCUAGACCAACCAUCUAUCAGGUGGUCAGGGAGAUGAUUGAGAAAAUGGGCUAUCAGGUUCAACUUGUUCGUGUUACUAAAAGAGUUCACGAAGCAUAUUUUGCACAGCUUUACCUUAAAAAGGUGGGGAAUGAAAAAGAAUGCAUCAGCUUUGACCUUCGUCCUUCCGAUGCCAUUAAUAUGGCUGUGCGAUGCAAGGUGCCAAUUCAAGUAAACAGACAGCUCGCAUAUACUGAUGGUGUGAGGGUUGUUGAACCAUCCAAAGUAGUCCAGGCUUCCAUCGCUGAUGGGCUACUGUUCACAGAGCUUGAUAGGCCGGAUGGUCAACCUUGCAUGGAGAGUCUGGAGUUCAAUUUGGUUCGUAAUAUGUUGAUUGCAGCUGUUGAAGAACGUUAUAGAGAUGCAGCUCAAUGGAGAAACAAGCUCACACAGCUACGAGCAAAGAAAAAUUGGGCAUGACGAAGAGCUGCGCUGUGUGGACCGGACCGGACACACCACAUUUCAAGGCCAGUCUCUCUGCGUUUGCGUUUGGAAGCCGCUGAUUAAAGCAGCAACGACCAGUGUAUAUGUAGUUAUAUAUUAAUAUGUAAAACAUUGUUCAAGUUCCUUUCAUGGCUGCCUGUUUGUGAAUAUUAUUGCCUUUGUAUAUAGACUCGUGUGUUUAUAUAUUCAUGUAAAUUGACAGUAAACGAUACUUGAAAUAUAAAAAAGAAUUGUAAACAUAAGUAGGCAUUUUAAAUUUUGUUUAAA